AUGUCUCUUCAUAAUGAUUGUGCUUUGUGUGGUGGAGGAGAGGAUUCACAGAAUCAUCUUUUUCUUCACUGUAAGAUUGCAUACAAGAUUUGGUGCAACUUAACACCAAAAACAGGUUGGUCUUGGGUUUUGCCGGGAUCAAUGAGAGCCUUGGCAGAUACCUGGCACACUCAGCACUUCUCUCAAUCAGGCAACUACAUCUGGAAUUUAAUCCCAGCAGCUAUCGUUCACACAAUCUGGAAAGAAAGAAAUUGUAGAAGGUUUGAACCUACACACCUCUUCAAAACUGAUAAUGAUCUCAUUUUGGAAGUCAAGACUUUAGUUCUAACUUGGGCUGAGGCUGCAGCAUCUGGUUCAAGUGGUGAAACAUUGAAACAGAUAUUAGAGUUCCUCAAUUAUAAAAAUCUACAGGAUCUUAACCGUGAUAGUACUUGUGUGAUCCAUGAAUUGAUUCAAACAAAGACUGGUGUUAAGGGACAAGGUCCCAAACUUUCUUUUGUCAGCGGCAUUUGGUCCACAGGUUUGUAUCCCCUCAAACCUGUUUUCAAGGACACAGUGAGUGCAUCCUAUAAAGCAGAAGUUGAGUCUGUUGAUUUCCAACAGAGCGAAGCAGCUCGGUGGAAGGUGAAUAAAUGGGUCGAAAGAAAGGGCUUAAUUCAGGAUAUCCUUCCAGAGGGAUCCUUUGACUGUAGCACAGUGAUUGUAGCCGCAAAUGCACUCUAUUUCAAAGGAUCAUGGCAACCAAAUCAAUUUAAUCCUGAUCUCACCGAGGACAAACCGUUCUAUCUUCUUAACGGAAGCAAAAUUCAAGUUCCAUUCAUGAUGACGGAGGAAGAGUAUCCAUGUGUUUCAUGUUACAAGGACUUUAACGUUCUUAAGCUCUCAUACAAAACUUUGGAGGUAGCUUCUAGAAAGAAAGAUGCUCAACGUUUUUCUAUGUGUAUAGUUUUACCAAAUGAACGAGAUGGACUAGGCGAAGUGAUAGAGAAGGUGAGUUCUGAUUCAGCUGGCUUCUUAAAUAGUUAUCUCCCAACUAAUGAUGUUGCAGUCAGGUAUUUGAUACUUCCAAAGUUUAAGAUUUUAUUUGAUUUUCAAGCAAAAAGAGUUCUAAAGGAGUUGGGGUUAGAAUUGCCUUUCGAUGAGCGAAAACCAGAAUUGACUGAGAUGCUGGUUGGUAAUGAAGAAUCCAUUUGUGUUUCUGAAGUGCUGCACAAGUGCUUUGUUGAAGUUGAGGAACAAGGAACUGAAGCUGCUGCUUCUACCGUUGAGGUUGAAUAUUAUCUUUGUGAUGAUGAUUGUGGUUUUUAUUCCCCUCCUGGAGUAACUUUCGUAGCGGAUCAUCCUUUCAUGUUUAUGAUUAGAGAAGAGAAUAGUGGGGUUCUAUUGUUCAUGGGACAUGUUCUCAAUCCUUUGUUAUAA